GAGGUGGAGUAGAUUUUACCUUUAAGUAAACAGCUGACUGUUGACAGCAAGUCAUUCAGUCAGCCACCCUAAAGCCGAAAAUAAUGGCUGCAGUUUCUUUUAUUAAAUGCCUGCUGGGUCCGCGCUUAAUAAAAAUUUAUGCUUCGUCAGAAAGAAAUGCCAUCAAUUACUUACCAUCGGGAGCCGAAAAGUUUGGAGAUGGAUUCUUAAAAUUGAUUAACUGGUCCCUUCAACUUGGAUUUUAUACAUCUCCAUUUGUAAUUUGGGUUUUACAUAAAAAAAACUACCUUGGCUAUGAUGGAUGGCAAUCUUUAAUGCGAUUCUCAGCCAUCUGUUCGUUUUUAUGUGCUAGCUCACUGGUAGCCAGAGCACUUGGAAGAUUCUCUAAUCCACAUUAUAUCAAAUUUAUUAACCACCUGGAAGUGGCAAGAGUUAAUUAUAAUUCACUUACAAAGAAACCCUUAUCACACUACGAUUUUGAGUUUUCAGCAUGGCCAGUGGAUUAUGAUGCAAAAGAAAUACAGAAAGAUUCUGAUAAACCAAGAAUAUUUGUUGAUGAAGACAGCAACAAUAGAUCAAUUACUGAAGUUGCCAGGGUACUACCUUGCAGAAUCCUUGGAUACCUGUUUGCUCAUACUAUUGGUAUUCGACUCCUCUAUCCAGGAACUAUAAUCCAACAUUUCAUUGAUACUCACUUGGUUGAGGGUAGAUCUCGUUUAAUCGAAGAGCUUCAAGGAGAAAGGUAUAAGUUGAUGAGCCGCGAUAAAAAUGCCAUUGAUUGUAUCGCUGUUGAUAGGAGGGCCAAGCCACAAUACUCAAAUGGACAUUUAUUGGUUAUUUGUUGUGAGGGAAACGCCGGUUUUUAUGAAGUAGGAAUGAUUGGAACUCCAUUGGAAGCUGGAUACUCUGUUCUUGGAUGGAAUCACCCCGGAUUUGGGGGCAGUUCGGGGACUCCUUUCCCGCGACAGGACCAAAACGCAAUUGACAUAGUUGUUCAGUUUGCGUUAAACAAGCUCAAUUUCCCGGCCGAACAUAUAAUUAUUUACGGUUGGAGUAUUGGUGGCUUCACUGCGUCAUGGGCUGCUAUGAAUUAUCCAAACAUAAGAGGCGUAAUGUUGGAUGCCACUUUCGAUCAUGUUCUUCCGUUGGCAGCAAAUGUUAUGCCGUCUUCUUGGAAAUCAAUUGUGACGACAACUGUAAAACACAACCUAAAUCUUAACGUCGCGGAUCAACUUAUUAAAUACAGUGGUCCAAUCGUACUCUUCCGUCGAACACGAGAUGAAGUCAUUGCCCUGGAGCCUGGUACUUUGUCGUCAAAUAGGGGUAAUGAUCUCCUGAUUAAACUCCUAAAAUUCCGCUUCCCGCAUAUUGUCGAUCACACUACAAUUCCUACUUUACGAGCAUUUCUGAACGCUGACACGGCAGAACGUGAACAAAUGAUUAAAAACCUGGAAGUCCUCCAUGAUCCAUGCAUGAAACAGUUAAAGCAAUAUGCUAUUGAAAAAAAUUCUUUCCCGAUGCGCGUCGGUCAGAGCUGGAAUGAAAAAAAGAAAACGCAAAUGGCUUUAUUUUUGGGCAGCCGAUACAUGUUAGAUUACGACAGUACCCACUGUACGCCACUGCCUGCUGAAAUGUUUCAUUUGCCUCAGGAAAUUGGAUACGAAGCUGAUUAUGUGGAAGUCUCGGAUUUUACGGAAAUUUCUCCCAGUAAUUUGUAAAGCUGGCCCAAAAUAGGAGUAGGAUUUAUGUACGAUCACUGUCCAGUUACCGCUUGGCCUUUUAACGUUUGUAUUCAUAAGCUUAUUAUUGAUACACACUUGCUAGAAUGAAAACCAA